AUGGGAUACACUCUUGACUUUGGUACCCCCGUCAAUACGGCUCUCCUCAUUUACAUUCUCUACUCAGUGCAGAAGAUCGUUUUCCCUUCCACAUCCAAACCCACAAAAAUCCCCAACGAAUUUAAGUAUGGUUACUCAUGGAUGCCCAAGGAGCACCCUCCCACCGUACUGUUCAAGACAUAUACCCCGAAGACUCUAGAACCCUUCAGCGGUAAGAACGGAGGUAGAAUUUUGCUCGCCAUCAAUGGCAUGGUGUUCGACGUAACAGCGGGGAGGAACUUUUAUGGGCCAGAUGGUAUGUACGGUAAUUUUGCGGGUCGCGAUGCAUCUCGUGGCAUGGCCAAGCAGUCGUUCGAUUUGGACAUGCUAACGCCGAUUGACAAGCCUCUCGAUAAGCUCCAGGAUCUUCGGCCAGACGAAAUCGAGAACAUGAGAGGCUGGAUUGAGCACUUCUCGAAUAAAUAUAUCAUCUGCGGAAGGCUUGCUGAGAACGAUGCUGCGUGA